AUGGACACUACAGAUCAAGUAAAUAAGCCACAUAGAGGUAAGUUCUGUCCAAAAAGUUUCUAUCCUAUUCAUUUUUACGGCUUUAUUGUUUUAUGUCAUUUUAGCUCAUAAAAAAGGAGGAAAAGUUGUGAAAAAGUUGAAAAAUGAUGCUAGCAAAAAGGGGAACAACCCAAAAGCUUUCACAUUCAACUCAGCGGUCAAGGCACACAGGAAAAUUAAGAGGUAGGCCAAAUUAUUUGCUAUCUAUAUUGUUUUCAACGUUUAGAGCGGCGGAUCUGAAUGAAAAGAAGAAACACAUCCCCGUUGUUGACCGAACUCCGAUUGAACCUCCACCAAUCGUCGUAGCAAUCGUUGGACCUUCAAAAGUCGGUAAAUCUACUUUGAUCAAGGCUUUGGUGAAGCAUUACUUGAGACAAAACUUGACUGAAAUCAAAGGUAAGCAAGGUUAGCAUACAUUACAUAUUUUUAAGGUCCUGUUUCAUUGGUUACUGGUAAGAAACGACGCAUCACUCUGAUUGAAGUCCCAAAUGAUAUAAAUGCGAUGAUUGAUGCUGCCAAAAUUGCCGAUCUGACUCUUCUUUUGCUGGAUGCUUCCUUCGGUUUUGAGAUGGAGCAUUUCGAAUUCAUAAAUAUAUGCCAGGUUCAUGGUAUGCCCAAAUUCAUGGCCGUUAUGACGCAUAUGGACUUGAUCAAGAAGAAAGAGAGACUAAAAGAGCAGAAAAAGGUAAGUUUUAUCAAUUUAAUUAUAUUGAUGUUUAGGUAAUAAAACACAGAUUAUGGAAGGAGGUAUAUGCCGGGGCCAAAUUAUUCUUCCUGACUGGAAUGAUCCAUGAGACGUAUUUGAAAGUAGAAGUCAGAAAUUUGGCGAGAUUUAUAUCAGUUAUGAAGUUCAGACCAAUGCAAUGGAGAGAUGCUCAUCCGUUUGUAUUGUGUGAUCGUAUGGAAGACAUUACCGAUCCAGAAUUGGUCAGAACGGACCCCAAAGUUGAUCGUUCGGUAUGAGAGAUUUAAUUUGGAUUUGCUCUGAAGUUUUUGAUCAUGAAUAAUAUAAUGGAUCAUAUGAUUUUAGGUAUGUUUGUAUGGUUGGUUGCGUGGAAGUCAUCUUCGAAAUCGCGCAGCGGUUCACCUCCCUGGAAUUGGCGAUCUUCAACUCAGAAGUAUUGCUGUUUUACCGGAUCCAUGUCCUUUCCCUGAAAAAGAAGCGAAAAGAAGUCUAAAUCAGAAAGAAAGAGUUGUCUAUGCUCCAUUUUCUGGUCUCGGAGGUAUUGUCUAUGACAAGGAUGCUAUUUACGUUGAGACAGGUGGAGCUCAACACUUUCAGAAGAAUGUGAGUUAUUUUUAUUUAGCUUUAUUUGAUUUUUAGUCAAAAAGAGAUGAAAUUAUCGAUGCCAUUGCUGAAAAUGACGUCACCAUUGAUGAGCAGUUGAGAAACACUUCGCUGAAGCUGUUGGCAGACUCCAAUGCUAUUGAUAAUGACGAAAUUCCAUCGGAUUCUGAGGAGGCAGAGGACGAGGAUGAGCUUGAUGAAGAAGAAGAAGAUUCGGAGAUGGGAGACAUUGAGGAGGAAGAUGAAGAUGACCUAGAGGAGUCUGAGGGUGAAGAGGAAGUCAAUCCGUUACUGGGAAAGAUGACCAGGACCAAAGAUGGCUUGGGAAUUAUCUCUGAGCAUUCCGGGGAUUUCUCGGGAUUAAAAAAGAAGUCUAAAUUAAACUAUAAUUUUGGAGUGGGGAGGAUCAGAUGGAAGGACCUUGUUUAUGGUGGUGAGUGUUUUAUUUUGUUUUCUUUUUUUGUGGAUCUUUAGAUGAACAAGAAAUGGUUUUAGACGCAUUGGAUAAGGAGAAUGAUUCUGAUGAAGAAGAAGAUGGUUUUAUCGGCGGCGGCCUCCUUAAAAAGUCCAAGGCAGCUGUCCCCGAAGAAAAGAAGGCCUUCAAAGAUUUGGAAGAUGGAUUUUGCUACUUCAAAUCCGCAUCAACCAGCGCGGAGAACCGGGACAUGGACUGGAAUAGCGAUGAGGUAUCUUGUGCAAUUUCAAGUUUUGUUAGAAAAAUAGGUUUUGUGGAACUAUGAAUUAUGGGUCUUUUAUAGCUCCGAGACUCGAUCCGCAACUGUUUUGUCACCGGCAAAUGGGAGGAAGGCAAUGAAUUGGCUGGAUCGGAUGAUGAAUAUGGAGAUUUUGAUAUGAAUGGAGACGAAAUGGAUAUAAAAGGUGAUAUUAAGAAGGAAGAAGGUCAUGAACAAGAUGCAAAGACUGAAGAAGGUAUGUGUUUUUGAUUUGGAGUUGAUUGUUGUUUAGAAAAAGAUGAAGAACGAAAGAAAUUGAGACAAAAAGCGAAAGAAAAGCUGAAAGAUCGAUUUAACGCUGAAUACGACGAAACGAAUGAAUACUAUAACUCGUUGAAGGAAGAAUUGGAUGCGCAGGCUAAGGUAUGCGUUUAUUGUCUACACAUUUUGGUCAUAUUUUAUAUUUUUUUUCAUGGAUAACAUAAUUUUUUGUUUCAGUUGAACAAAAGUGAAUUUGAAAACAUGGAUGAGAACGAAAGAGAACUCCUAGAAGGUUUCCGGCCAGGUCGUUACGUCCGUCUUGAAUUUGGAGACAUCCCCGUGGAAUUCAUCGAUAAUUUUGAUCCAAGACGACCAAUAAUUGUUGGAGGAUUGUUGCCCGGAGAACAAAACAUGGGCUGCAUCCAAGUCAGAGUCCAUCGACAUCGUUAUUUCGAACGUCUGCUCAAAUCAAGAGAUCCAUUGAUCAUCUCGUGUGGUUGGCGAAGAUAUCAGACCAUGAUGAUCUACAGUAUCCAGGAUCACAACAUGAGACAGAGAUUCCUCAAGUACAUUCCACAGAAUAUGUUUUGUCACGGGACCUUCUGGGGCCCUCUUGUUGCUCAGAACACUGGUUUCAUGGCUGUGCAGAGCGUGGAUGAAAGAACGGUGAGUAUGGGACCAAGUGUAAUAUAAUUUAUGUAUAGAAAGGAUUCCGGAUUGCCGCAACUGGUGUUGUUUUGGCCAUGGACAAGUCCUUGAAGGUCGUGAAGAAGCUGAAACUUGUUGGUGAACCUCUGAAGAUCUUUAAUAAGACCGCUUUCAUCAAGGUAAGUGUAGCAUUGGAUUUAUACAUAAUCCUGAAAAUGUUUUGGUUUAAUUUUUUUUUUAUGUAUAGGGAAUGUUCAACAGUGAACUGGAAGUUGCCCGCUUCCAAGGAGCAGCCGUCCGAACGGUCAGUGGGAUCAGAGGUUUGGUCAAAAAAGCCAUCAAAGAAGAGCCCGGGGCCUUCAGAGCGACCUUUGAAGAUAUGAUCAGGAUGGGGGAUAUUGUGUUCCUACGGUCGUGGGUGACUGUCCCAAUCCCUCAGUUCUUUGCUCCAGUCACUGACAAACUUUUGCCAUUCGAAGAACAGUGGGUGGGAAUGAAAACUGUCGGAAGGUUGAGAUUUGAACAAGGAACCAAGCCAGAAAUCAACAAGGACAGUCUUUAUAAGGUAUGAAAGAUGAUUUGUACUUAUUCGACGAUUGCAAUCUGCGAUAUAUGAGAAGUUUUGAUAUUUAUUUUAGCCGAUUACCAGAAAACCUUUCGUCCCUACCGAAUUGACCUUAACCAAGAAGCUCCAAUCCGAAUUACCCUAUAAUCUGAAGCCUAAGGUCACCACAGAAGGUGUGGUGAGAAAGAGAACGGCUCAAGUUGAAAAAACGACUGCCGUGAUCCUAGAGCCGAGAGAAGCCAAGAUCAGAAAAGUGAUGAGUAUCCUCGAGAAGGUCCAUGAGAAUCGUCAAGAAAAGGAGAAGAAAGAUCUGGAUAAAAGACAAAAGGAGCAUUUGAAGGUAGGAAAUGGUGAUUAUAGCGGGUUUGGGAUGUUGCAGUAGGAAGUUGGACGUUUUAAUGAUGUAAUUUUUGUUAAAAUAAUGUUAUUUUGCUUCAGAAAGCCGGAGAAAUUGACGGAAAACGCAAGGAGAAGAUGAUGAAGACCAAACAAGAGAUAUGCCGGAAGUUGUCCAAAAAAGAAAUUGCCCGCCUCAGAAAGUCGAUGAACGCUGUCAAAGGAAGAGGAGGAAAAAGAGAUGAUUAA